CUCAGUCCAGUGACUCUAGGCCUAUACUUUUCAAUUGAGACGUAAUGUCUUUGGAGUGACACAAUCGUCCAUUGUAUGUCCACCCCACUGACCUAUAAUCCACCUUUCUACCCCCUUUCCAUAGUUUAAUAACAUAGAUUGUGUUCAGUUGUCACUUUCCAAUGUUUUCGCUGGCGUCUCAAGGCUCAUGGUCAAUACACAUGGAAGAUAUCGUUUGAUUGGCUACGGUAGAUAAUCCUUAAGACUACACUAAUUAUCAAUUGAGUGACGCGUUUAACCCGAAGUCGAAGGUCAGAAUUUUGGCCACGCUGUCCAGAUAACUUACUAUUAGGUCAUCGGAAUUCACUUCAGCUGGACGCUGACCCACCUUGCUUGUUGCAGUAGUGACUAAAACUUUAGUGUUGGAGUAUCGAGUUGGAUAACUCUUUGAGUCAGGUAUUAAGUCUGUACAAGGGUUGAAGUCAUUCCAUUAUAUGAUGGGUGUACUGUACAGGGGAUGGCUGACUAAGUCACCCCCCGAGAAGAAGCUGGGCAAUCACAUCAAGCUCUUCCGCGCAAAGUGGAAGAGGCGUUUCUUCGUGAUGACCGUCAAAGAUGGCCGACACGAGCUGGCUUACUACAAGGAUCAGAGUUGCCAGAACAAAAAAGGCACCGUCAACCUCAAAGACUGCAAGAGCGCCUCUCGCGUUCUCCAGACGAACGUGUUCCCCAACCUCCUGGCCCUCAAAACCAUCAGCAAGAACAAACCCAGAACCUAUUACCUGGCUGCUGAACAUGGCUACGAGGUGGACAAUUGGCUGCACUGGUUGCACCUAGUUUGCGGGAUCAAAGAAGAAGAAUCUUCGACCAAAGAAGAUGAUCCCAAGACAAUGGAGCAUUUGGAUUACAACCCUCCAGAGAUCACACUCAGCAGAUCAUCUAAUCCACAGGACGACUCUGUCCAGUGCAGCGACGUGUCUGUGCAACUCUCUAUUGGGGAUGCAGACUCCGAAGAGAACCCUUACUCUGAAGUGGAUUCUCCGAAAGCAGAACGAAAAUCGAGCCCGAAGUUCGCAGACUUUAUUCAGUAUCUCAACGAUAGUCUUACAGUGGCCGAGAAAUUAGGCGAAUUUCCGUUGUCUUCCAGGCUUUCAGGAAGCAAUACUUCAAUGGAGACAAAAACUGGCUUGGAACCGCCAGAAGCCACUCUCGACCUGCCCAUCUACUCAAACGAUCAACGCCAGCAUCAGAAAGGUCGUGCAGUCAGCGACUACGAUGUCCCGAGAUCCACCUUAGUGAAGGGAUGCCCCCCUAUUCUGCCAUUGCCAUUUCGUAGGUCAAAUCUGUCCGAUCACAUCUAUGUAAAUACAUCCCCAAUGGCCCACUUGGACAAUCCAGAGAUCUAAUACAGUUUACUCAAUACCAACCAAUGCUUCUACUGAUGACAUGGAUGGCACCCUCGUUCUUCUUUGUUCUCAGUAUGAAGGAGAGCUGAAACAGCCAGUUCUACACGUGAUAAGAAAGGCGCAAUGGUGUCCAGAUUAAACGUCGCUUAACAAGUGAACAAAUAGACUGCCAAUCACAAUGAAAGUAAUCAAUUCUAAAAGUUACUUGUAAAUACGAAGAAAAAAUGAAAAGAAUUAUGCUUUACAUUUUCUAUUUCAGAAUUAAAGUUUGAUGUAUCCAAAUUAUGUUGUAAUAUAUGAAUGAGAAUCUCACUUGUUUGUUAACAUGUAAAUAUAAACAUAUAGUGUGUAUCUUUUACGUUGAUAAACAAAAUAAUUAUCCUUAUUUCACAAUUUCAUAAGAUCUUUAUCUUUUCAGUGAUUUUAAUACUUUUAUGAUUAUAUUAGAAUACGGUACAAUGUGGAGCGUCUGUUAAAAGAAGUGAGAAUGACAUGACUGCCACUAUGUCAACAAGUGGUUCAGAUUUUUUAUGACAAAAUAAAUAUUGUUUUGUACAUUUUG